GAAUGAUAAAGUCUUCCUGAGGAGCGUGGAAGAGCGCCAGGUAGGACUGACGAAGAUUUUGAAAAUUGAACCCUAACAACGGCUACUUCUCUAGACAUAAUACAUCACUAGUUCACUACCACUGACCAGAGAAUCCACUCUAUCACUCUAAUUCGUCCAAAAUCUCCAUAAUUGUAAAAUUUCAAGCUCUGAUUUCUUCCAUGGCUUUGUCAACGCCCGAUUCAAAUCGCUUCAAACUACCCAUCGCUGGCCCAAGAAUCUCGCGCAGAGUACGAAUUGUUGGAAAAAUCCGAGGAUUUACAGACCAAGAGUCUGAAAUAUCGGGUCGAGAUUUGAAACCGUGGGUCACUGUGUGCCGGCACAAAGAGAGCGAUUCGGAUCCCGAAAAAGUUACAAUCUCAUUCGGAGAUGAAGGGAGUAGUCGCAAAGAUAGAUAUGAAUUAGAUAAUUGCUAUGAACAAGACGAGGAUAAUGCUGUAGUAUUCUCAAGAGAGGUAAAGCCACUGAUAGCAGAAGUUCUCAGCGGUCGAAAUGCAUCCAUUAUUGCAUAUGGGGCAAGAGGCAGUGGAAAAACCCAAACAAUCCAGGGUUCUGUGGACAAUGAAGGUUUGGCAGCAAUGGCAAUAGCUGAGAUCCUUUCGCAAACAAAGGAUGCCCAGAAAGCAGUCCUCGUUUCCUUUUAUGAGGUGUUCCAGGAUCAUGUCUAUGAUCUUUUGGACCCUAAUCAUCCCGAAGUUCAAGUGCUUGAAGAUUCUCAAGGAAAAAUAAAGCUCAAAGGACUUUCUAAGGCCGCUGUGGAUUCCAUUUCACACUUUCAUGAUCUAAGUGCUUGUUUGGCUGCACCAUGCUAUUCAGUACCAAAGACACCAAUCCAAAUACUCAAAAGGAGUCACAAAGGAUUAAUGAUACAUAUAGCAUCUGCUGAUGACAUCCAGGGUAGUAAAUGUCCCAAUGCGAUGAACUUUGUGGAUUUGGCAGGCUAUGAGGAUUCCAGAAGAAGCAGCAAAGAUGGAAUUACGCUUACUGAAAGUGCUAGAAUAAACAAGUCUUUAUAUGGCAUUAUGAACGUGGUGUACGCUCUGAACACAAAUGAAAAGCGUGUUCCUUAUCGAGAAAGCAAACUCACUCGGAUGCUUCAGGAAUCUCUUGGUGGCUCCAAUCAUGUUUUGCUGCUAACCUGCUUGAAUCCAAUUCUUUGCCAAGAUACUCUUUAUGUAGCAAGUUUGGCUUCACGAUCAUGUCAAAGUGCUGGCCAGAUAUUGACAAGCUCUACAAUGAAAAGUAAAAAGCACACCAAUCAGCAAGCACGACUAGUGGGUACCCCGUUGUCUGGGAAAAAGAACAACUCUGCCUCCAAUUUGAUAGGAAGGAAACUAUUCAGUGACAGAAAAACUAUCAUCUCUAAGCAGGUACCAGUGCAUUGCUUUUUGGUUCUUAUUCCAAUAUAAUUGGUUGCAUUAACUGUUAAAAAGAAUAGUUUACUUACAAGUCCGCUACUUUAAUUGUCAACUCGUCAGGUUUGUACCUCUAUGUUUUAGGGUGUGACAUUUUGAGUUUCUUCACUCCACAAAUUCUCUCUUUUGCUUUUGGAAUGUUGCUUUUAAAUUUUUGGCUGGGUUCGUUGGUUUAAUAUAACGAUGGAAAUUACCUAGUCUAGUUGAAAUCAAUCGGUAAUGUCUACAACAUUUUUUGUUG